AUGUCUGUCACAUCACCAUCGACGCCGUACAUUUACGCUGAGCUCCUCGUAAAUAUCCGGCAGCUGACCAUAUAUGCGUCACUGGACUCGAUUCGCAACGAUGCGACCAAAGUCGAGCUCUCUUCGGACCGUGAAACCAUCACGCUGAGCCACGAUGGACGAUCAGCGACAAUCCAUCUCCCUACCAAGGUCGGAGGAACAGCUGCGUUAGAGCUACCUCAAGCUGCGACAAAAGAUCUUUCCUUUCGUCUACAAAUCGCCGAAAAGGAUGAACCCCUGUUUACAAGAGACCUCCUGGUUGCUUCGUCUGACGAACGAGCACCUUGGCCAGCGGGAAGUCUGACGGCGGACACAGAAGUAUGCUGCAGACAAUGUGAUCAGGCCUUUAUCCAGGCAGGCACGAUCAAAACUUGGAAAGAUCUUCCCAGUGAAAAUUGGGCUGAAAUGAUGGAUUUUUGGCAUUGCCACAAACCUCACGAUCACGGGCAUCAGCAGAGCGAAAACACUGGCCCCAGUGCCACGAAAGGGUAUAGUGCUUCAAAUAAACUAGUCGCACAGUCACAAACUGGAUUUCUGGAUACCUGCCAUUUUCUCUUUACAUCUCAGGACUGUGUAGGAGUCGAGUUCCAAUCGUCUGCUACAGAUGGCCGAACAGCACAAGAGCUUGUUUGCUCUUGCUGUAAUGGCAUCAUCGGCGUAGUGGAUGAACGCGCUGAAGGCUGGAGACUCUUCAAGUGGGCUCUCGCUGUACGGAAACGUCCCGGAGAACAAAAAGAAUCUCACGCCAUCGAGGGCUUCAUCGCCGCGCAAAUGUUGGCUCUUAUUGACAGCCAGGCAGUAAGGAAAUUCGUAGUGCAUUGUAAAGGUCUUGCAGGACCAGCCUCUGCUUUAUUAUGUUGGGUGUUUACCCCAGAUCUCCGCUAUUCGGCCUCCACAAAGGCAGAAGGGCCGCAGCGCGCCAUGAAAGUAUUUUUCAAAACACUUCAAAAUCCAGAAAAUGUUCUAGCUGAGCAGAACAUGUCUGUCGAGGAGAUAUAUCUCCCUCUGAAUGCGUUUCUAGCUGUCCACGAAGCGCUCGAAAGCAGUAAUUCGCUUUUGCCGGUUUCGGCGCAGAGGUUUCAGGACUGGUGUGUAGGAUUACUAGACCGCUUCGACAGAGUGUCCUGA